CGAGAUGAGCUGACUGCUUCCCGGCACCAUCUCCUGUUCAGACAUCCUCCUCCCAGCCAGAACCUAUGGAGGUCUUACAGAAAAUCUGCUAUGAGAGCAGCAUGAAGAUAUUCCUGCUGGUAUUCCACAGUCAGGGCCUCAGUUGGAGCUGACUGUAUAGAGCUCGCCAAAGCUGCUGAAAGGGGAAGCAGGCAGCAGGGGAAAAAGGCUUUCCCCCUCUGUUAUCUCGAGUACAAUCCCCACUUCGCCUCGCACCGCAUUGCUCAUACUUCACCCAAGAGUGCCUCAUCCUUGUCUUCUGGCAGGUCAUUUAAUCCAUACACGGUAAUUUAAUUGGCCGAUAUCUGGAGGAAAAAAGGAAAAAAUGGUGUCAAGACAGGCCUUCCUCUGCAGUUUGGGAUCUGUGUAUUUGUCCCUUCUGUUUGUAUUUCUUCUAAUGGAUGUUUAUGCAAGGCCUGCAAAUAACUCAGCCCUCAAAGAAAAGGCAGCUGACAGUAAAGAUGAGAAUGAGAUCUUGCCCCCAGAUCACUUGAAUGGGGUCAAAAUGGAGAUGGAUGGACAUCUUAACAAAGAAUUUCAUCAGGAAGUUUUUCUGGGAAAAGAGAUGGAAGAGUUUGAGGAAGAUUCAGAACCCAGAAAAAAUAGGAAGAAGCUCAUGGCCAUCUUUUCAAAGGUGGAUAUAAAUAAUGAUAAAAAGAUAGGUGCUAAAGAGAUGCAGCGCUGGAUCAUGGAAAAGACGGAUGAACACUUCCAGGAAGCUGUGGAGGAGAAUAAAAUGCAUUUCCGAGCUGUGGACCCUGAUGGUGAUGGCCAUGUGUCCUGGGAUGAAUAUAAAAUCAAAUUCUUGGCAAGUAAGGGAUUUAAUGAAAAAGAGAUAGCAGAGAAGAUCAGAAACAAUGAAGAGCUGAAAAUAGAUGAAGAAACACAGGAAGUUUUAGAUAACCUGAAGGAUCGAUGGUACCAAGCUGACAACCCACCUCCUGAUAUGUUGUUGAAUGAGGAGGAGUUCUUGUCCUUUCUUCACCCAGAGCACAGUAGGGGAAUGCUGAAGUUCAUGGUCAAAGAAAUCAUCCGAGAUUUGGAUCAAGAUGGAGAUAAGAAACUUACCCUUUCAGAGUUCAUUUCAUUGCCUGUUGGUACUGUAGAGAACCAGCAAGCUCAAGACAUUGAUGACGAUUGGGUAAAAGACAGAAGGAAGGAAUUUGAGGAGGUCAUUGACGCAAACCAUGAUGGUAUUGUCACAAUGGAAGAGCUGGAGGAAUAUAUGGAUCCUAUGAAUGAAUACAAUGCCCUAAAUGAAGCGAAGCAAAUGAUAGCAGUAGCAGAUGAAAAUCAAAACCACCACUUAGAGCUGGAGGAGAUCCUAAAAUACAGUGAAUACUUCACAGGCAGCAAACUUAUGGACUAUGCACGUAACGUCCAUGAGGAGUUCUGACCCUGCUCGCUUUUCCAGAGUUCUGAAGCACUUUCCUGCUUUCAAAAUAAAAAUAAAGGAAUAAAAACCAACACUCACAAACAGAAAAUUUCCUUGCUGCUAUCUGUGGUUAUAUGCGUACAGUGUGGUGUACUAGACUAAAAAAACUUCCGUCCAUAUAGAAGAUCUACAGCUUUGCCUUCGGUAUGUUUAAAAAGAAAAAAAGUCAAAUAAUGAGGCAGGUACUGGACUGUGUUGGUUCACCCUGUUUUGUACAGUUAAUCCAGCUGAAGUUUCAGCUGCUUUUUGCUAAUUGUAUUUGGUGGAGGUAUCUUAAAUAUUUAACUUUUCUUGUUGCCCUCAUAGCUGCUGAUCCAUGGAAAUCACAAGUAACACUGAAAGAUGUUGGCUUUUGUAAAGGGGAUUGCGGCUCAGAUACGUGUGUUCUGGCCUCUUGAGGAUAUCCAUACAUAGACUGAUUGGAAAUACUUUUUGCUCAGCAAAUUAUACAUUUGUAUUUUGUUUAUGGUCAUAUCCAUUUCAGAAUGUUUUAGUUACAGAAAUCAGUAAAUUGUAUCAGGUUGCUGCUGCCUGGACUGUUCUUGCUGUGUGUGUUUUUUUUCCAGUCAUGCUCAGUUCUUUUACUGUCCCACUGCUCUGUGUAGUCAAUACACAUUUAAUGGUUUAUGUAAUCAGUA